CUCUCUCUAGUUUUCUUUCAGACCAUCUAAUCUCUCUCUCUCUCUCUCUUUCCAAUAUUAUCAUAUGCGUUUUUAAAAUUCCGAUCUCUUUCUUUAUUUUUAUCUGAGCUUUUUGGAGAGAUUAUAAAUGGCAUCUGGAUAUCCCGGCGGCGGAGGUGGACCGGAGUUCUACGGCGUUGGUGGUAGAUCUAUGCCUGGAGGUCCCAUGAACUCCGGUAACAACAUCAAUCCUCAGAUUCCCGGAAUUUUCCUGGAUCAGAUCGGAAACAGAAUCUCAAGUGGAAAUGGAAAACGUACCUUAGCUGACUUUCAAGCGGCUCAGCAGCAGCAGCAGCAGUCGUUUCAUAAUCAAGCCGCUAUCAACGCGUUUCUUCUAAGGUCCGUGAAGCCUAGAACGUUUCAGUCGCCGGCGAUCGAUAUCAGUUCGUUCGGUGGUUCUUCUCAGCGUUACGUCUCCUCGCCGUUCCUUCCGAAUCUCAGGUAUCAACAGACGCAGCAGCAAUCGGAUUACAUGGCGUUAACCGGGGUGGUUCCGUGUAUUGAACCGGUUCAGAAUCUAAACCGGGUUGAGGAAUCGUCGGAGAGCAUGUUGAAUAGUUUGAGAGAGCUUGAGAAACAGCUUUUAGAUGAUGAAGGCGGUGAUGAUGACGUGUCUGUUAUCACCCACUCGAACAGCGACUGGCUACAUGGCCUCAUGACACCGAACCCAAACCCGGUUCUGUCUUCUUCUUCGCCAAGCUCUUCUUCCUCCUCUUCUUCGCCUUCGACAGCUUCGACGACCACGUCGGUGGCAUGCUCGAGGCAAACCGUGUUGGAAAUCGCGACGGCGAUCGCGGAGGGGAAGACGGAGAUCGCGUCGGAGAUUCUCGCGCGUGUUUCCCAGACGCCGAGCCAGAGGAGGAACUCCGAGGAGAAGCUGGUGGAUUUCAUGGUGACGGCGCUUCGCUCCCGGAUCAAUCCGGCUUCUACGGAGAGCUCUGCUCAAUUGUACGGGAAGGAGCAUAUACUCUCCACUCAGUUGCUCUACGAGUUGUCUCCUUGUUUCAAACUCGGUUUCAUGGCGGCUAAUCUCGCCAUCCUCGACGCUAACGACGACGCGACGUCGUUUCACGUCGUCGAUUUCGAAAUCGGUGAAGGUGGUCAGUACUUUAACCUCCUCCACGCGCUCUCCACGCGCCGUAGCGGUAAGAAGAAUCCUCUGGUGGUCAAGAUCACCGCCGUGACGAACGUAAGCGACGGGUUCUCUGUCGCCGGCGGCGACCGUGGAGAGGGGAGGUUGAAAACCGUCGGAGAUCGUUUGAGCGAACUCGGUGAUCGACUCGGUAUCUCUUUGAAGUUUAAUGUGGUGGCGGGUUUAAGACUCAGCGGUCUGAGCCGUGAGUCACUCGGAUGCGAUCCCGAGGAGCCUUUAGCCGUGAACUUGGCUUUCAAACUCUAUCGUGUUCCGGACGAGAGUGUGUGCAUGGAGAAUCCGAGAGACGAGCUUCUUCGUCGCGUGAAAGGACUCAAUCCUAGCGUGGUGACACUAGUGGAGGAAGAGAUGAACUCCAACACGGCGCCGUUUUUGGGCCGAGUUAGCGAGUCGUGCGCUUGUUACGGCGCUUUGCUUGACUCUGUUGAGUCCACCGUUCCGAGUUCUAACUCGGACCGUGCCAGAGUGGAGGAAGGGAUAGGUCGGAAGCUGAUAAACGCGGUUGCGUGCGAAGGGAUCGAUCGGGUCGAGCGGUGCGAGGUUUUUGGGAAAUGGCGGAUGAGGAUGAGCAUGGCUGGGUUUGAGUUGAUGCCAGUUAGUGAGAAGAUAGCCGAGUCGAUGAAGAGUCGACUCAGUAACGGAAACCGAGUCCACCCGGGUUUUACCGUUAAGGAAGAGAACGGAGGUGUGUGCUUUGGUUGGAUGGGACGGACACUCGCUGUCGCAUCCGCUUGGCGUUAACUUCACACUAUUUUUACCUUCUUUUAAUAUUACUACCCUAUUAUUAUUGUUGCUAUUAAUUUCGGGAUAUUCUGAUAUUAUUAUCAUUGUGAUUUUCGUUUUCGAAGUGUAUUAAAUCUUAAAAGAUCGAGGAUGGGGGAGAAAAAGGAAAGGUAGGAAUCUUAUGUAAAAUGGAUUUUAAAUAUUUUUACUCAUAAUAAAAGAAAGAAUGAUUGGGUUUCAGGAAA